AUGGGGAGCACCAGUGCUGUUGGUGAAGAAAAAGGAUGGAAGCAUGAGGUUGUGUAUGGAUUACCUGCAGUUGAACAAGGUAACGGUCAAGAACAAAUCAAAGUAAAGGAUGCAAAUGUACCCAAAACGGCGUUCAGGACGCGGUAUGGUCACUAUGAGUAUUUGGUGAUGCCAUUUGGGGUGACCAAUGCGCCUGCGGUGUUUAUGGACUACAUGAACAGAAUCUUCCACAAGUUUUUGGAUAAGUUUGUGGAAGAAUAUGUCGAGCACUUGAGGACUGUUCUACAAAUUCUGAGGGAGAGACAACUGUAUGCGAAAUUCUCUAAGUGUGAGUUCUGGUUGUCAGAGAUCCAAUUUUUGGGACAUGUAUUGUUGAAGGAAGGAAUCAUGGUAGACCUUGUAAAAGUGAAAGCAGUGGCUGAAUGGCCGAGGCCGACGAAUGUGACAGAGGUACGCAGUUUCCUCGGAUUGGCGGGCUAUUAUAGGAAAUUCAUUGAGGGAUUCUCUAAGAUAGCGUUGCCCUUAACGAAGCUGAACUACAAGGGAAAGGAGUUCAAGUGGACCAAGGGGUGUAAAGCUAUUUUCUUGGAGCUGAAGAUAAGGCUGACUUCGACGCCGGUGUUAGUGCUGCCCAACCUGGAGCGGAAAUUUGAUGUGUAUUGUGAUGCGUCCGGGCAUGGACUUAGGUGUGUUUAG